UGCAGACUGACUCCUCUAUCAUGCUCAGUGCUUCUAAGCAGAGCUCUCCUGAGUUCCUGCCAACGCCUGGGGAAAUUCAUAACCUCUGCGCCUGGCUGGACAAGCUCCCACUCAGCCGCCCCAAGCGCCACCUGGCUCGAGACUUCAGUGAUGGUGUGCUGGUGGCCGAGAUUGUGAAGCACUUCCGCCCUCGGCUGGUGGACUUGCACAGCUACGUCCCAGCCUGCAGUACAGACCAGAAGCUAAGCAAUUGGAGCCUUCUCAACAGGAAAGUCUUUCGAAAGCUGCACUUGUGUAUCUCAGAAGCUGAUAUCCAAAAGGUGGUGUCCAACAGGCCUGGAGUUAUCGAGUCUAUCCUGUGUAUGCUGAGGGAGAGGGUGGAGGCCAGCCCUCUUCAUGUAAGCUCAGCUGCUACGGCUGAUCCACGACUCUUUGGUGUGGAUGCUGCCCGUCCUUCCGCAGGGCUUACCUCCUACCCACAUAUCUCUAAAACUCAGCAUCCUAAUGUGGAUAGCCUGUCAGAGUCCCAGAGCUGUGGAGAACAACACUACAUUCCUGAAAGCUGGGCGCGGGAUGAUCGGGAGCUUGCAAACCUUCAAAAGAGGACAGGCCUACAGAGUCCUCCAACCUACGUCAGCAUGAAGACCCUUCAGAAUCAAAAGGAUUCGGAGAAAAUGGGCUGCUGUGCUUGCAGAGGGGACCCCGUUGAAGGGUUCUGGGAUGACCUGACCAGCAUCCAGCAGCAACUGGAGGAUAAGGAGCAAGCAAUAGCCAUUCUGCAGGAGACAGUCAAGAUUUUGCAGAUGAAGGUGAUCAAGUUGGAGCAUCUGGUACAGCUGAAGGACCAACGAAUCUGGAAGUUGAUGAGAUCUGGACCAGAGGAGCAUCAGAUCUGGAGGGGCCCUCAUCCAGAGUCUCUCAAGCCUUGACCCUGAGCCCAACUGGAGCCUCUCACUGACCAUGCAGCCUCAGAUAUAGACAUGUCAAUGUAGGGAGAAAUGUAGAGGCCAGAGCACCCUGGGGCUAGAGAUAAGUCUGGACAGAUUUGAAUUUGGUUCUCCCAGUU